AUGCCGCAGCAGAAGCAGCAACAGCAGCAACAGCGGCAGCAACAACCCCCAAUUCCCAUCUCCAUCACCAUCUGCGGCGACGGCGGCUGCGGAAAAUCUUCCAUUACCUUGCGCCUCGUCCGCUCGCAAUGGACGUCCGAGUAUGACCCGACCAUUGAGGACUCGUACUCGAUCACACGUCGCAUCGACGGUCACACCUACCACCUUGCGCUGACCGACACGGCCGGCCAGGAGGAGUACCGCGGCAUGUGGGCAUCGUCAAACCUCGGGGCCGAUGCCUUCCUCCUCGUCUACGAUAUCACCUCCAAGGACUCGCUCGACGCCCUGCAGUAUUUCAACGACCUCAUCGACAUGGAGACCGAGACGCGCCACGACAAUGCCGAGCGCGCGCGGCGCGCUGGGCUGCCGGCCGGCUAUUCGAGAGUCCAUCCCGGUUCGGGCUCCGGCGCUAAGACCGUCGCCCCCGUCAAGAUUGUCGCCGGCAACAAGUGUGAUCUGCAGGAGAGCCGCGUCGUCCCUGCCGCUGCCGGCCUCGACUGGGCCCGCCGGCGCGGCUGCGGCUUCAUGGAGACGAGUGCCCGGCUCGAGGUCAACAUUGAGGAAACGUUCGCCCUCAUUGUGCGCCGCGUCGUCGAGGCGCGCCGCUUGGCCGACCUCGGGCUCGAUCAGUCCCACAGCAUGGCACUCGACCGGCGCGGCAUGACGAAGCCGCUGAGCCCGCUACCGGGAACCGGGACAGGCGAGGCAGGCGAGGUUGACGACUCGAGCAGCAACGAGAAGAGGGCGCCUGGGCUGCGGGGGCCGAACCUGCACGGCGACCGCGUGGGUAGGGGACAGGGCUCCAUCUGGAAGAAGCUGCGGUGCUGGUGA